AUGCAGCUUGAGAACGAGGCACCGUGGACGGCGGAAUUGGAGGGCAAAGCCACAACAACUUCUUCCGCAGCUUCCCGUACUAACGUUCAGACCGUAGGUGCCGCGCCAAUGCAGGCUGUGAGUGCUGCUGUUUCUCCGGUGAUCCUCGACUUCACCGGACCAGAGUUUGUUCCCAGGCACAUUCCAACCAUCGACAUGCCGGCACCGCCCCUGCCGCCGUACGAGGUAUAUGUCUCUUCCCACUGGAAGCGGCGCGUUGCGAAGGACGAGCUGAUGACCGGCCUUGUCGGUGCUGGGCGCUACACGCUGUUNUCUUCCCACUGGAAGCGGCGCGUUGCGAAGGACGAGCUGAUGACCGGCCUUGUCGGUGCUGGGCGCUACACGCUGUUGACGCUUUCAGCGUUCUUUGAUUUGGAAUUUUAUAUGGUGAACUGGACAAAGGCGGAGACAAUGAGUUGGGGCAAAGGCGCUGGAUGUGAAUUCCUUACGAAUGAGAAGAAGUGCGUUGAAAACGGUGUGUCUAAGUAUCCCGACAUGUUCUGCACCGAUUCCACCGAUAAGAAGCUACGGUGCACUUCUGACCGUCAGUCAUUGGGGACGUGCAUCAUUAAAGAGAAUGAAAAUAUCCCUACUGAAUAUAGUUACUUCGAGAAGAACGAGGGUGGCAAGAAGCGUGGCGGCAGGCGAGAGGACAUGAUGGACUACUGCCCCAUCAUUGUGGCUGACAGAGGCUUCAGCUGCAUUAAUGGCAACGAGAGCAACAUGCCUGGGAGUCUGAUUCGCGAGGAUUCGCGGUGCGUGGAGGGCCAGGGUCUGAUGGUGGAGAAGAAGGAGAUUGGUGACGUGUGCGUGCAGAUGAAGUGCACUUCCCGAGGUGUGUACUUCCGCGUGGCCGGCAGCAACACCUGGUACGGCUGCCCUGCGGGUGAAUCGCGUAACGUUACGGGAUUGAGCACCGUGCUGAGUGGCAGUAUUGUGUGCCCAAACGUGUCUGAAGUGUGCCCCACGAAGCUGCCGCGACAGAGGAGGCGCAGCGGGAGACCGGGGCGCCACAUACCGUCCGGCGUGUUGCAGAAGCUGGCGAACAUCUUCCGCGGGAGAAAGAGCACGGGCAGUGGCCUGGAGGAUAACAAGAAUGUGGAGGGAAGUCCUGUGAUCAGUUCUAAUGAGGUCAACGUGCCUAAUACUGCAGCGGGCACCGGCACGAGGACUUCGACCGAAUCCGUUCAGACACGUACGGACGAAAAUACUUCUGUUGAUGCGUCGGUCGUGUUAACCGAAGGUACGUCUACUGAUCAUUCUGGCUCCUCCGCCAAACAAAGCGGCAGCCGUCAAACUGAGGAGGCCACUGAGGGAUCUCGUUCGGACGGACACGCAGUGGACCCAUCCGCGGCAGAAACCAGUCAUUCAGCUGUGCCAGGCACUCGUAAGAGCAUUAUCAAAGCGAAUGGCAAGAGUCUUGAUGUCAACCUGAACGCUGACGGCAGUGCUGCUGCCUCCGCAUUGAUGCCGCUUGUGUUGGCCGUCGUGGCCGCCUCUGCGAUCAUGGCACACUGA